AUGAUACAUGACGAAGAAGCCAGAAGAGGAAGAAAAAAAAGAAAAAAAUCAGAAAUGGCUCUUACUCAAGGACACUUGACAUUCAGGGAUGUGGCCAUAGUGUUCUCUCAGGAAGAGUGGCAGUGCCUGGACCCUGCUCAGAGGGCUUUGUACAGGGCUGUGAUGUUGGAGAACUACAGGAACCUGGUCUCCCUGGGAUUAAUCAACAUCACAGAAUGCAUACUAAGGAGAAAUCCAGUACAUGAAAAAACAGGAGUCAGGAAUGGCUUUUACUCAGGAACACUUGACAUUCAGGGAUGUGGCCAUAGAGUUCUCUCAGGAGGAGUGGAAGUUCCUGGACCCUGCUCAGAGGGCUUUGUACAGGGAAGUGAUGUUGGAGAACUACAGGAACCUGGUCUCCCUGGGUGA